AUGCUCCUCUUACAGACACCCUUCAGUUUCCAAAGAUCGGCACAGCCCUUCUGGGCUGAACAUUAUGCUACGAUCUCCCUUGAUCAAAAUGGCCGGCCUUUUAUCCAGGUCUCCCCAUCCUUACGUGGGCGAGAGCAGCUAAUCUUCUCUCAAGAAGCGGUGGAUCAGUUUACGGCCCUUGCUCGUAAGGAAGUCCAAACGCAAGUACAACCCAGCAAUCAAUAUCAAUGGUACUUGCCUCCGAUUGCGCACUGGGCAGCUUCCAAUGAGGAAGCACAAGUGGGCCCGCCGUCUUUGAGAUGGAGAACCGAGCCGAACAACCAAAGCAGCCAAGCUGGAAAAGACCUGUGCGAGUCACAGCAGAAGAUGGAGCGUUCUGACGCUCGGUCAUCGACUAUGACCAUUCAGGUUGGGGACGAAGAAACCUUACGAAAGUUCUAUAGAAGGGCGUUCGAAAUGAUACAGCAGUUGGAUUGUCGCGAAAUUGCCAAAAUCUGGAUCAUGAAAUUGGAACCACGGAAACAAACAAAUUUUCCGUACAAAGGAUACAAACUUAUUGACGGAAAAAGGACGAAUCUGGGCCCAGAUGCAACAAAGCCCCCAUGGUGGCCUCGCAAAGUUACACAUAAGGAACCUGAUCAUUUACAGAAGGACGAUAGAUUGGAUCUUCUUGUGCACAUCUUGUGCGGGUUCCCGGACACUCACAGAGUGAGAGUGGCAAAGCUUCGGGAGUGGACUAGAGAUAAAAUGCAAGCUUCCAAGAAGCUGAAAAUUAUCGAAGAGAUUUAUCAAGUACGGGAAAAAGAAGAAUCAUUCCUUUGCCAUAAGACCGACGCGAGCGUGCAUAUCAGAAUAUCCCAAGUAGACAUCGGACUUCCGUACCGCAAGGAUAGCUGA